AUCAGCAUAAAGGAGACUAAACCAGAAUUUACAGAUUCCCUGUUGUGUCAGUUCGGACGCGGGUUCGAGUUUGAGCACCAGCUUUAUCUCCUUGCUGACCGACAGAGACUCCCAACACCCAACCGAAGUCCUCGGCCACAUAACAGCUUCUGUAAUUUCAAUCUCUCUGUCUCUCUCUCAUUGCCAUUAUCCCUGUUUUUUUGUUCUUCUGGAGAGAGAGAGAGAGACUCCCGAUUCAUAGGCAUGCAGAGGCCACUGAACCAACGAUCAAGAUCUACCAAACCAACCACUAUUCAUGGCUACGCUCAGUCCGGUGACCUUCUUGGAUUUCAAAGGCUACUCCGAGACAACCCGUCUCUUAUCAAUGACAGAAACCCCGUCAUGGCACAGACUCCACUUCACGUUUCUGCUGGUUAUAACAGGGCUGAGAUAGUCAAAUUUCUUCUUGAAUGGCAAGGGACAGAUAAGGUUGAGUUAGAAGCCAAGAACAUGUACGGAGAAACUCCUUUGCACAUGGCAGCAAAGAAUGGGUGCAAUGAUGCUGCACAGUUGCUUCUUGGUCAUGGUGCUAUUAUUGAAGCCAAAGCAAAUAAUGGAAUGACACCGUUACAUCUUGCUGUUUGGUACUCACUUCGAGCUGAAGAUUGUUCGACUGUCAAUACAUUGCUUGAGUACAAUGCUGAUUGUAGCGCUAAGGAUGAUGUACGGUGGAUUGUAAUUGCUUGCCAUGAUUUUGGCUUAGUAAAUAUUCUCCCGUUGCAAAUAAUCGUAGUUGGUGUAACAUUUGAAUUGCAGGAGGGCAUGACUCCUCUAAAUCAUCUCUCACCAGGCCCAGGAAGUGAAAAGUUACGGGAACUAUUGAACUGGCAUCUUGAAGAGCAGCGGAAGAGAAGAGCGAUCGAAGCAUGCAGUGAAACUAAAGCUAAGAUGGAUGAGCUUGAAAAUGAAAUAUCAAAUGUAGUAGGUUUGCAUGAGCUUAAGGUACAGCUACGGAAAUGGGCAAGGGGGAUGCUUUUGGAUGAGAGGCGUAAAGCCCUUGGUCUGAAAGUUGGCACCAGAAGAACCCCACAUAUGGCAUUCCUUGGCAAUCCUGGAACAGGUAAGACUAUGGUAGCUCGAAUCCUAGGAAGAUUACUGCAUAUGGUGGGGAUUCUGCCAACCGACAGGGUAACAGAAGUACAGCGGACUGAUUUGGUUGGAGAAUUCGUUGGUCACACUGGGCCAAAAACUAGGAGAAAGAUUAAAGAAGCAGAAGGAGGAAUUCUUUUUGUUGAUGAGGCAUAUCGACUGAUACCCAUGCAGAAGGCAGAUGAUAAGGACUAUGGAUUGGAAGCUUUAGAAGAGAUUAUGUCUGUCAUGGACAGUGGAAAAGUUGUUGUCAUAUUUGCUGGAUAUAGUGAACCAAUGAAGCGUGUGAUUGCUUCUAAUGAAGGCUUCUGCAGACGGGUGACCAAGUUCUUCGUUUUUAAUGACUUCAGUUCAGAAGAACUAGCCAAGAUUCUCCAUAUCAAGAUGAACAAUCAAGCAGACGAUAGCUUGUUGUAUGGAUUUAAGUUAAACCCAUCUUGCACUGAAGAAGCUGUGGCAGCAUUGAUACAGAGAGAAACAACAGAAAAGCAGCGGAAGGAGAUGAAUGGUGGUUUGGUGGAUCCAAUGCUAGUCAAUGCUCGAGAGCAUUUGGACCUCAGGUUAAGUUUUGACUGUAUAGACACAGAUGAACUUUGCACCCUUACCAUAAAGGAUUUAGAAGCUGGUCUGCGGCAGUUAUCACAAUGAGGGGAAGGGAAAAAUUUAGACUCGAAAACUCGGUUACCAUUCUUUUUGCCAGCAUGGUCGGAUCAUUUCACUUUGAAUUUUGAAGAUUUAUAUAUAUACUCCUUUACCACUUUGAAGAUGAGUUCCAAUUACAGCCAAGGACUCGGAAGCUGGCAUGAGUCCAUGGUAUGGAGAGCUGGCUGGCCUAUAUUCAAAGUAGUUGUUUACUACCCUUGCAAUCUUUUAAUUGGAACCUUCACACACAGAUCUUCUGGCUGGGGUUCUAUUACAUUACAUACAUUGUAUCGAUUUAUUGAUUACCAUUGAUCAAUAACUUUCUCUUAUGAGAUUUUCUUUCUAUCAUUUGAUGGAUAGUUAAUUCUCCAAGUUUGAAUUUUCAUUGUUCUUUUCUUCGUUCAUAUGAAUAAUAAGAAACCGCAAGGUUGCAUGAGCUUAUUCA